CAUUCUACACGCAAGCGAGCACUCGGCGUCGCCCGGCCGCUUGUCGUGAGUGCCGCGCUGUGCAGUCGUCGCAGCACUCCGGUGGGCAGAGCCGACAGUCGUAGACGGCAAGUCCAUACAUGGUGUCGUCGGGCGGGCGGUUUCGGCGGCGUACGGCAGCGAGACAACAACAAUAAUAAUAAUAAUAAUAAUAUCUCCUGCAGAUCGAUAAAAGUUUUCGUUUUCUUUUCGUUUAUGGUACUUUGACUCGGCGACGGCGGCGGAAACAUUGUCUACACCGUCGUAACACGUACAGAAUAUUAUUAUAAUUAUUGUUAUUAUUAUUAUUAUUAUUAUUAUUACGUAGUACACCUGUAUUUGUUGCGAUUCGGUGUACGAUAUAAUAUAUUGAAUAUUAUAUUAUGAUAAAUUAUACAGAAGAAAAUUAUAAGCUAUUAUUAUAGUACCAUAUACCGUUUAUAAGAGGAUAUUUGAAAAGUUCUUAUUAGUGUAUUCUUCAACUAAGUUAUUUUUUUUAUUUAAUCUUCAGAUCAUUUUUAUAAAAUUAUGACUAACGUGCAAGAACCUCCGACUGAUUGGCUUAUGAUCAUUGCAAUUUGUUUCAUAACUAGUUGUGUAUUAAUUGGAGUACUGUGUGUUGUUUGUUGUUUUUGGUCUAAAUGCUUACUAUUCAAUUGUUGUCGACCGAAUUAUAACAACACUUUUAUAAUAUCAUAUGACAAACCGGAAGAAGCAUUGAAUUUACCACCAGAAGACACAAAUGACAGUACUUGUUAUUCACCCGUACGAAUGAAAAAAAUAAAAACAUAUGAUUAUUAAAUUUUAGAGAAUUUUAAGCAGUAAGAUAAAUGCUUGUGUUGUUUACUUGUGACUACAAAAAUUUGUCAAAAUGCAACGAAUGUUCCUGAUCUCAGUAUUACAUACAAUUACAAAUAAUAAUAAGACAAGUUUCAAAAGCCAACUAGGAUAUUUCAUUUAUUCAAAAACAAAGAAUAUUAUAACAAUCGAUUAAUAAUUAAUGCCUUGAUCGACUAUGAAGAUCUCAAUAAUAUAUAAUAUUGUGUUUGGUAGGUACCGGUAUGUUGCAAAUUGCAAUGAUGCAUUAUACUAGGUACCUAUCUACUUAUCAGCCAUUAGGUAUCAUGUUAAAUAAUUAAUGGCCAAUGGUUACAUUAUAAAGGUAUAUAGUAAAUUUUAUAAUGCGCCAAUGCAUGAUAAAAUGCCUUGAGAAGGUUAAAAGAUAGAAAUCAUCAGGAAAAGAUGAAAUAUAAUAUUUUAAUCAUAUAAUACGAUAAUAUUAUUUAAUUACCAUUAUAAAACAUUAUACCUGUAUGGCUGUAUACCUACUAACUUAAAAUAUGUCUUUAUGGUCAAUUAAAUUAAUAUUUGUCUAUUUUUUUUAUUUUUUUUGAUAAAUAUUUAAUAACGUUUUAUUCAUUAGUUAGGAACAGAUUUACUUAAAUUACAUAAAGUAACAAUUCAAUUUUUUAUUUUUAAAUAUCUUUAUUCAAAACAAAAUCCAUUCAUGGUUAUUAAAUUGAUAUUUACUUAUUAAUUUAAUACUUUAAAAACAAUAUGUUACCAUAUAUUUUUACUCAUUAUUCAAUGCUAUUUUUUAAAAUUUAUAAUAUCAUUUAUUUUAUAUAACUACCUAAAUAAUUAUAUUCAAAUUUAUACUGAAUAAUUGGCACACAUCAUAAUUAUUAAUUAAUAAAUAUAUCUCAGGAAUUUUCCCAAAGGGUACCAACAAGGCUACAUAUUUAUAUUACUUAUUUCUACGUAUAUGUAUAACAAUGCUUUACUUUUUACUCUUAAUGAUUUUGCUUGUAUUCAAAAAAAAAUUUCAUAUCUUAAAAAAUAAAUUGUUUAUACAAACUAAAUGUUUUAUAAUAAAUUCAUAAUACACUAA